ACGUUAUUUAGACAUACCCAUAUCCAAACAGGGCACUAUGGAAGAUGCCUUCAACCUUGGAAUUUUGGGAAGAGAAUCGAAGUUUCUACAUUUUUUGGGUGAGCCCCCGACCAAAAUCAGCCUUGAACUCCCUCGAAACUUCUCGAACCCACCCAAAGGUACCAGCCCUUCACCCCAUUUCCCAUCUCAGACUUCUCUUUUAUCCAUUCAGCAGCAGCAGCAGCAGCAACCAUUUUCAUUCUAUCGGUUACUGUCCUCCGGUUUCUGUUUCGUUCGGACAAAUUCACGAACAAUUGGGGCGAUGGCUGAAGACGGAGCCGUCACGGUCUACAACAGCAGCGCCAUCACCGACGCCACGAAGAACCCAUUUUCGCUCAAAGCGGGACUGACCCAAAUUCUACGCGGCGGGGCCAUUGUCGAAGUCACAAACGCUGAGCAAGCCAAGAUCGCUGAAGAAGCCGGCGCCUGCUGUCUUCUUGUAUCGGAGCCUCUCCACCGAGGCAUUUCCCGCAUGCCUGACCCAUCGCUCAUCAAGGAGAUCAAGCGCACUGUCUCGAUCCCUAUAAUGACCAGAGCCCGUGUCGGCCAUUUCGUCGAAGCCCAGAUUCUCGAAGCCAUUGGGGUCGAUUACAUCGACGAGAGCGAAGCUUUAGCCCUUGCAGACGAGGAAAACUUCAUUAACAAGCAUAACUUUCGCUGCCCAUUUGUUUGUGGGUGUCAAAAUCUUGGAGAAGCGUUAAGGAGAGUAAGAGAGGGUGCGGCAAUGAUAAGGACUCAAGGGGAUUUAUCAGGGUCUGGAAACAUAGCAAAGACAGUGAAGAAUGUGAGAGCAGUAAUGGGUGAGAUGAGGAUUUUGAAUAACAUGGAUGAAGAUGAAGUUUUCGCCUUCUCGAAGAAGAUAGCGGCGCCGUAUGAUCUCGUGGCGCAAACCAAGCAAAUGGGCAGGCUUCCAGUGGUACAAUUUGCGGCCGGUGGCAUCGUGUCUCCGGCGGAUACGGCGCUCCUGAUGCAGUUGGGCUGCGAUGGCGUGUUCGUGGGGUCAGAGAUCUUCGAGUGUUCGGACCCGUAUAAGCGAGUCCGGGGUAUAAUUCAAGCUGUUAGGCAUUAUACUGAUCCACAUGUGUUGGUGGAGACUAGCUCUGGGUUGGAAGAUACCAUGGCGGGUCUGAAUCUCGGUGAGGAUAGGAUCGAACAGUUUGCACAUGGAGAUGUUUAGUGGUUCUUGAAUCACUCUAAUGUAUUUCUCUUGUCUGUUAUUGAGCAUGUGCUUGUGUUCUGUUCUAUGUUGUUGAGCGUUUGGGCCUCUCUUUUUCUUUUUCUUUUUUCUAUGAUAAUGUGUAGAGUGUAUACUUGGUCUGUCUUGUAGCUGUGCUCAUUUUACCCUUAAUCUGAUCUGAAUCUACAGAAAAUAAACUAGAAUAAAUUGGUUAUUGUA